AUGGCUUCACUUACAUUGGACGGGGUUCAAGCGUUGCUUAAGCACUUGAACCUGGAAGGAACGGUUUCCUUCUCCACGAUAGCAGACAUUCAGAGUAAUCCGCUGGAUAUAUAUCAAGCCAAUCUUGCAGAGAUACUAGUUCAACUCACGAAUUGCGAGCCUCAAUCGGCAUAUGAUUCAAUACUAUUGCCGAAUGAUCUUGGCGACCUCACAGUGGUGCUCCCUCGACUCAGACUUCAAGAUGUCGACCUGGAAAAACUCGCAGGAGAUCUCAGGCAAAAGUUCCCGUCUUCGCCUCUCUUUGCCAGCCCAAUUCCUGAUGGUAUUCACUUGCGCGUCUUGUUCUCCCCUGUCACACUUGCACGUCUACUCAUUCCCUACAUCAGGGACAGAGGCGCAUUAUACGGCAGGUCUCAAUUAGGAGACGUUUCAGAGGAUCGAGCCUCGCCUCGUGCGCAGCAGAAAGUUGUGGUCGAGUUCUCCUCGCCAAACGUUGGGAAAGAGUUUGACGGGAACCAUCUCAGGAGCACUUUCAUUGGAGCAUACAUUGCAGCGUUGUACCAGUUCAUGGGAUGGGACGUCUGCAGAAUGACCUUUCUUGGUGAUUGGGGGAGGCAUAUUGGACUUCUGGCUGUGGGAUGGUCAAGGUUCGGCUCAGAAGAGCUCCUCAAGAAGGACCCUUUGAGACAUCUCCUUGAUGUGUUUGCUCAAGUCAACAAUCUCCUCCGGAACGAGCAAGAAGAGGCCAAGAAUCUUCCGGCGCAAGGCCAAGAGAAUGUUGUUGAGCAUGCAACAAUCUCGACGGAAAAAGAUGAAUUCUUCAAGAGAAUGGAAGAUGGCGACCCGGAUGCUCUUGUAUUGUGGAGAAUGUUUCGCGAAGCCUGCGUCACAAGCUACACUGAUCUUUACGGGAGGCUAAAUAUCAAAUUCGAUGAUUACUCAGGGGAGUCGGAGGUCAAUGCGAAAACGAUCACCGACGUGGAGGACAUGCUUAAAGAGAACGAUGCUUACAGGGAAAGUGACGGAGCCUGGGUGAUAGAUUUCGAAAAGCAUGGCUAUAAGGGUCACCGUACCGCGAUUGCUCGGUUUAGCAAUGGGACAACAAGCUAUUUACUGAGGGAUAUCGCCGCAGUAUUGGAGCGAUACGAAAAGUACUCUUUCGACAAGAUGAUCUACGUGGUUUCAGCGAAACAAGAUACCCACUUUCAUCAGGUGUUCAAUGCCUUGGAGUUGAUGGGUCUUGCUGAGCUUGCUUCAAAGCUUCAGCACGUCAGCUUUGGUAAAUUGCAAGGCCUAUCGCCUAAGACAGACAGUGGAGGACUUCUCUUAGGCGACAUCCUCGAUCAAUGUCACAAUGCUGUCGAGGAAUUUCUGGAAGACAAUCCUGAAGACUUUGCAGAACUUCGGGAAGAAGUAUCUACCUCGAACCUUGCUGAUGCUCUUGUAGCAACUGGCCUCAUGACUCAAGAAUUGUCCAUCAAGCGUGGCGGCACAUUUACCUAUGACACAGCGAAAAUGGCUACUAUGGAUGGCGACACGGGCUUAACACUACAAUAUUGGCUCACGAAGCUGGACUCAAAGCUCAAAGGUGUGCGAAUAGUCUCCGAAGAGCUCGACAAUGCCGACUACUCUAUAUUCACGGAUGAAUCGUUCUACGAUGUCCUCCGACUUCUCAUCCAGUUUCCUGGCAUCGUGAAGUCUUCCUUCAAGAAUUUUGAAGCGUCGAUUAUCCUUACAUAUUUGUUCCAGCUGGCCAACACUCUCGAGGCUGUUUUGGGAGAGGACGACGAAGCAGAAAGCUCGAAUCUCAACCUCGCCAAACUCGCCUUCUUCGAGUGCGUACGUUAUACCCUCUCAAACGGCAUGCAGAUGGUAGGCUUAGUGCCACUCAGAGGAGAGGCUGAGGUCCGAUCUGCUGCAAUACCUUCACUGGAAACUAGGGCAAUGACAGACUGA